AAGUUUUUAAGUGAGUUCUUUUUAUCUUUUAUAUCUGUUUCAUUCAGGUUUAUGUGCACAGCAAGUUGAUGAUAAUUGAUGAUCGUAUGGUUUUAAUUGGCUCAGCUAACGUAAAUGACAGGAGCUUGUUAGGAUCUCGAGAUUCUGAGAUUGGUCUGGUUAUUGAAGACAAAGAAUUUGUUAAUUCUUCAAUGAGUGGGAAGUCAUGGAAUGCAGGAAAGUUUAGUCUUAGUCUUCGCCUCUCCUUAUGGUCCGAACAUCUGGGACUGCCUUAUGAUGAGACCUUUCAGAUCCGAGACCCUGUGGUUGAUGCUACAUAUAAAGACAUCUGGAUGGCAACGGCUAAGACGAACACUAUGAUCUACCAAGACGUUUUUUCGUGCGUGCCGAGUGAUCUAAUCCACUCCAGAGCCGCCUUUCGUCAAAGCACAACUUACUGGAAGGAGAAGCUUGGACACACCACCACCGAUCUGGGCAUUGCACCAGAGAAGCUUGAGGCGUAUGAGAACGGAAAUCUGAAGGAAACCGACCCUUUGGAGAGACUGCAGUCUUUGAGGGGACAUCUCGUCUCCUUCCCUCUUGAUUUCAUGUGCAAUGAAGAUUUGAGACCAUUCUUCAAUGAGAGCGAGUUUUAUGCUGCUCAGGUAUUUCACUAGCUCUACUUUCAAAUCUCUUUUUAUGUAUAAUAGUUUUCCAUUUUUAUAUCAUUUAAGCCUACUGUAUUUGUACAUUGAUUCUGGUCUGUGCGGCCUGUAAAUUACUGUAAAACAUAGAAAUAUAGAAUAAAAGAAACCACAUUUUUC